AUGCAUUCCCAUCAUUCCCAUAGUGGAAGUUACGUUUCUCAUGCAACGGAUACACUGGAUGAAAUCGUAGACAAAGCUAUUGAGCUCCAUUUCCAAACAUAUUGUCUCACUGAACAUAUGCCCAGAUAUAAGGAUGAAGAUCUCUAUCCUGAAGAAAUUGAAAAGAGGUUUACCUAUAAGUGUCUGGUCGAACAAUUUGACCAGUUUUAUAAGCAUGCAAAAGUUAUAAAAGAGACAAGGAACAUUGAUCCCCAGUGUGAUACAAGAUUUCUUAUAGGGUUUGAAACUGAAGGAGGUCUUGGUGAUUAUCAACUGGAUCAAUGUUUGAAAUUACGCCUGACAUAUCCUGUUGACUUGAUUGUUGGAUCGAUACACCAUUUAGACUCCAUUCCUAUUGAUAUCGAUAGGGCAAACUGGCUAAAAGCCAAAGAUGCAACAACUUCGAAUGGUUCGAUCAGAGACUUCUAUUUUCUCUACUUCAAAACUCAACAAUUAAUGAUUCAAAAACUAAGGCCAGAAGUGAUCGGGCAUUUUGACCUCAUAAGAUUUUACAACGAAGAUGGCGACCAAUUAUUUCAAUGGCCAGAGGUAGUAGCGUUAAUUGAAGAGAAUAUAGACUUGAUAAAUUCGUAUGAUGGAUUAAUUGAGCUCAAUUCAGCUGCUAUUAGGAAAGGUUGGCCGUCUCCAUACCCAAAAUCUGAUGUCAUCAAUUUUAUUUUUAGUAGAGGAGGAAAAUUUUGCUUUAGCGAUGACGCCCAUAGUGUGGGACAAGUUGGCUUAAACUACAUGAAAAUGCUAGAGUUUGUUGAACAAUCGACAGAAAUUGACAAGAUCUGGUACUAUGAUUUGAGCAACACUGAUAAACUUAUUCAAAAGAGUAUUCCAGUUUCUAGAUUAAGGGACCAUGUAUUCUGGAAUUCAGGCUAA